AUGCGCGAAGUAAUAGCCGUCAUCUUCCCACCACCCGACCUCCGCUUCCCCGCCACCCCAUCUCCCCUGCUCGCCGACCGAUCUCCCGUGCAACCCGCCCGAGUUCCCGUUCCCGCGGCCCGAUCUCCCAUUUCUGCCGCCCAAUAUCCCCUUCUCGCCUCCUCUCGCCUCCCCGCGCGUGCUCCUCUCGCCUCUCAGCGCGUGCUCCUCUCCCCUCCCAGCGCGUGCUCCUCUCCCCUCCGCGUGCGUGCUCCUCUCCCCUCCGCGUGCGUGCUCCUCUCCCCUCCGCGUGCGUGCUCCUCUCGCCUCCCCGCGCGUGCUCCUCUCCCCUCCCCGUGCGUGCUCCUCUCGUCUCUCCGCGCGUGCUCCUCUCCCCUCCCCGCGCGUGCUCCUCUCCCCUCCGCGUGCGUGCUCCUCUCCCCUCCGCGUGCGUGCUCCUCUCCCCUCCGCGUGCGUGCUCCUCUCGCCUCCCCGCGCGUGCUCCUCUCCCCUCCCCGUGCGUGCUCCUCUCGCCUCCUCGCGCGGCAUCCCCCCUGCACGCCCUCAUUUCCCCCCCUGCACGCCCUCAUUUCCCCCCCUGCACGCCCUCAUUUCCCCCCCUGCACGCCCUCAUUUCCCCCCCUGCACGCCCUCAUUUCCCCCCCUGCACGCCCUCAUUUCCCCCCCUGCAGGCUCUCAUUACCCCCCUUUUAUGCACCCGUUUCCCCUCUGCUCACUCUCUUUCACCCCUCACUCACGCGUUUUCCCCUCUGCUCACUCUCUUUCCCCCACACUCACCCUUUCUCCCCUCUGCCCACUCUGUUUCCCCCGUCACUCACCUUCUUACCGAAUUCUCACUUUUCAUUCACCCCUUUUUCCAAUCCCGCUUCCCCUUUUCCAUCUCUCCUUCAUGCCUCCCACCACCUCUCCCUGCCUUCCUUGCUUCUCUCCUUAUCUCCUUCAUGCCUCCCACCAUCUCGUUUUCCUUCUCAUCUCUUGUGGGCCACAUCACAAGGCCCGUCUGCCCUCUCACACUCUUCCUGCCAUUCUCACUCUCGCAAUCCUCACCGCCGUCCCUUCCUUCCUGUAACCAAUCUCCCCUCCCCCCUUUUCCCUUCCUUCCCUCCACUUCCUCCCCUUCCCUUCCUUCUCUCCCCAUCAUUCCCUCCCCUUCCUCCCCUCCCCUUCAUCCCCAUCCCUGCCCUUUCCUCCCUGCCCUUCCCUUCUCGACCCCGCCCUUCUACGUCACUCCUCGCCUUCUGCCCUCCAGUUCAUGUGCAUGUGCUGCCAUCACUUUUGCCCCAUACAUGCAUCUUAUUAACUCAUGUUUACUCGCUUGUAUUCCCUUUUCACCCUCCGUCCCUUCAAAUCUCCCCUCACUUACUACCCAUCUCCCUGCCUUUCCAUCACACCUCCCUGCCUUCUCAUGGAUUUGAGGCACCAUUGCGACACCAGGUGUCAUACAACCUGGCGGCAGGGAGAAUGAGUGGAAAGGCAAGGGGGGUGGGGGAAAGGAAAAGGGGUUGGGGAGGAGAGAACGGAGAUAGGGAGGAUGAACGCCGGCAAGCAGGAGCGCAUUUCCUGUCUCCACUCACCUCCCCUCCCAUUUCCUCCCCUCCACAUCCCACCUACCCCCUCCCCUCCCCCCCCUGCUCCUUCUCCCCGCCUCCACUCCAACCCGCCUCUCCCCCGCUCUCCUCCCGCUCCUUUCUCUCCCUCUUCCGCCGCCUCUCUCCCGCCCUUCCCCUCCUUUCUCCGCUCCUCCGCUCCCUACUUGCUCCUGCUUCGCUCCCUCUCCCACUCCCCCGCUCGGCCCCCAUCCCCCCUGCAAACAGUCGACGGCAAGCUGGACGACCGACCCUCACCUGGACACCAAUCUUGCUGCCAACAGCAGACGCAGACGAAGGGAUGGUAGCAGAACAGCCGGUCGCACGUGUCUUGAGGAGUGAGCGUGCCGUAUUUCACGCACUCGGGAACGGUGAAAGCGAAGGCAGCACUGCGCUCGAUGCACACGGACUGGCCGGCUUUGAUGGGCUUGGAGCAGUCAAGGCCGGGGUUGAGUGCGGUGAGGUUGGUGAGAGGUAG